UCUCUCUCUCUCUCUCUCUCCCCCUGCCGUGUCGUCGUCGUCGUCGUCGUCUCUCAUUUGUUGCGUUGCGACGGGCGAGCUGUCGUGUUUAUCGCGUGCUGGAAACAACGAAGGAAGGAAGGAACGAAGGAAGCACUUCGCGUGCUGAGAUUACUUACUCUCUUCGGCGGCGUACCGGGCGAGAGCUCCGAUUCGGUUCGAUUCGAUUCGAUUUGCGAUGGCCGGAGGAGAAGCCUUCUCCUCGAAUCCGCCGCCGCCGAAGCCGGCGAUUCUCGGGAACAACAGCAAGACCAUCAAUGCGAAGCUCGUGUUGCUGGGGGACAUGGGUGCCGGCAAGUCCAGCCUGGUCUUGCGCUUCGUCAAGGACCAGUUCUUUGAUUUUCAGGAAUCAACUAUAGGAGCAGCAUUCUUCUCGCGGACAGUGGGUGUCAAUGAUGCAUCAGUGAAGUUUGAGAUAUGGGAUACUGCAGGUCAGGAAAGGUACCACAGCUUGGCUCCUAUGUACUACAGAGGCGCUGCUGCAGCUAUUGUUGUCUAUGACAUCACUAGCACCGAGUCAUUUGAACGGGCUAAGAAGUGGGUGGAGGAACUUCACAAGCAAGGAAAUCCCAAUUUGAUAAUAACACUUGCUGGAAAUAAGACUGAUAUGGAGGAUAAAAGAAAAGUGGCAGCUGAGGAGGCACGCAUGUAUGCAGAAGAAAGGCGACUCGUGUUCAUAGAAACAUCUGCUAAGACUGCCACUAAUGUUAGCAAACUGUUUUAUGAAAUAGCAAAGAGGUUGCCUAGAGUUCAGGCUAUGCAGAAUUCAGCGCCAGCGGGAAUGGUUCUAGCAGAUACAAGCUCUGAAGAAACGCGAUCUGCAUCCUGUUGUUCAUGAGUUCUUAUCAACUCUCUGUCCAUUCCUUUCCUUUUUCCCCUCACGUUCUAUAGUUGUCUCCACUUAAAGUACCUUGAUCUUUUAGUUCUCGAUGUAUAUGAAUAAAAACAAAUCCGAACACCACUUGUGAAAUUGGAAAACCAAUUGGAGUUGGGGAGUUAGUCCAUUUAAACCCAGUAAAUUCCUCGGUGAAGACUGGAAUCUCUUUCUCUGUCUCUGUCUCCGUCUCUCUCUCUCAUGAAUAAUGGACAGCAAUCUUAUCCUUUUAUUUAAUCUAAAGUCAUCUGAAAUUGACCGUUUA